CUCCACUUCGAGAUCCAGCAGUGAACAAUUGACGCCAGACCAUCUUGUCUGCCACCUCGUGCUUGCGAUCUACCUACCUCUCGCCCUCCCGUGGUCGCAAUCGCAGUCGCCUGAAGUCCUACAACUUCGAUGCCGGCCGCAGCGAUAUCACAUCAUUUUCUCGGCAUGCGAUAAAUGACACCGCUUCUCCAAGUGUUCGCGCGCGUAGAACGAGACAACGCCCACCCGUGAAGGACCUGUGGGAGCCGACAGUGCACCGACCAAUCGACAUCAUGGCCGACGACGACUUGGACGCCCUCAUGGCCGAAGGGCUCAGUGCCGCCAAUGCCGCGGACGAUGUCGACCAUGCAAACAGCCUGAACGGAGACGGCAUUGGAUCUGUCGCAACGCGCACUUCGCAGCUCACAGACAUCGACUGGAAGGACCGCGAGAACCAGGACGACGAUGCUAUCAACAGGGUGAUUGCCGGUGCAGGUGGCGGAACGGGCAUGCAGCUCAACCUUGAUGGCUUUGCCGAGAAGCAGCUUGACCAGACCGAGAAGGCGGACGAUGCAGUGGAUUACGAGGAUAUCAGCGACGACGAUCUCCCUUUGGAUGAAGAUUCCCCAGAUGGACCGAUGCCUGCGUCCCAGGUCCCCGCACUCACCGAAGAUGAGGGGACAAGCAACGAAGCCGAGAAGGACAUAUUUGGUGACGAUGGUGUUUAUGAUGACGGUGAUUUGUUCGGGGAGGGCGACCACAACCUUCCACCUUCGUCGCCUCUAGCUACGACCCAACUUCCCUCCUCGCCGCCACUAGCAACCCCGACGGCUGCCGAAGCAACCGGAGAGGUGUCCGAUGAAGACACAAACAUGAUGAGCUUGGAUGAGAUGCGCAAGAUCAACUUCAAUAUCGUGCAACCAGACAUCACCCAUUUGUGGGUCACGGAGCAGUCUAGCCAUCAAGACCACCCGGCACCUCCAGAGAACAUUGAGCAACUCCUGGAUCAUACAUUUCCGAGCUUUGCCAAGAACAAAGUUCUCAAUUUUCGGGAGGUAUUUGCCGAGUGGCCGGCUGAAUAUAUGUACAAGGAACCGCCCAAGAGUCCUCCUGAGCUUGUUCCGACCAAGCUGGAGCUAGAACUCGAUGGCGACACGUCCAAGCUGUUCAGAAUCCCAGACAGUGUUCUGGCUACGACUCAGAAGAAGUCACAACAGUAUCACGGCGACGAAGAUGACUGGAGUCUGCCCAUGGCUCCCCCAGCUUUUGGUGUGGAUGAUGCCAUGUCGGAUUCCGAUGACGAAGACGAGCGGGUCGGAGGCUACACAUUGACCGAGAUUGCAACCGUGUGCGAUGACUGGGACAAUAUCCAUGAGCCCAGCUCGGUACAUCAGCAGAACGGCUUGAUAUCCCUUUCAGACGACGAGGAUGAUGACGAGUGGACCAGGGAAUUUCUGCAGCCCAAAGAUUCGCAGCCCAAGAAGAAGCGGAAAUACGAGCCAGGUUUGCCCGAUAUCUCAUCUUUUGACGCAUGGGGAAUCGAGAACUUUGUAGAGGCGACAAAGCGCUCUGCCCGGCGUGUGGAACUGAAUAUGAAUGAUCCUUACCUUCUGGUGGAUGAUAUGCAGUCCGAGCGACCAAACAAGCGCCCACGUCUCGAAGAGAAGACCAAGCGCAUGGCCAACGGUCAGUUAGGCAGAGACGUGCGUCAGCGAUUCAACAUUUCGAACGACGAUGCCUACAGUGCACUGAAGGCGAACAACAAGAGCAAAGUCAGAGCUACUCUCUCCAACCUCGCGGUGGAGCACAGCAUGCCGGCUCUGAAGUUGACGUUCCCUUUCUACCGCACUAAGGUUGCGGGGCACUUUUGGGAACACCAUCGAAAGAAGUUUGAGGUGGACAAGGUCCUGCGGCACGCCAUCAACUUCCGCAAACCUGGUAGAACGAAGCGUCGCGAGACUAAGGGCCGGAGUGUGCGAGACAUAUUCAAGACGUCAAAGGAUCUCAGUCUAAACGACAACUCCAGCGCGGUGCUUUUUGAGUACUGCGAGCAAGCCCCCAUAAUGAUGUCCAAUUUUGGCAUGGGCAGUCGAGUCAUCAACUACUAUCGACGCAAGGAUCGUAAUGAUGAAGAAAAGCCACCAAAGGCCGAAGUUGGCGAGCCCCAUGUCUUGCUGCCUGAAGACAGGUCGCCCUUCUCCAUCUUCGGCACCGUGGAACCCGGGGAGACUGUCCCCACGCUUCACAACGAGAUGUAUCGUGCACCAAUUUUCAAGCACACCCCGAGAAGGAACGACUUCUUGCUAGGCUACAGCACCAACGCGGCUGAUGGCCCGAGGUGGUACUUGAAAGCGAUCGACCAUCUCUACGUUGUCGGCCAGACGUUCCCGUCUAUGGAUGUGCCCGGGCCACACGCCAGAAGAGUAACAAACACACAGAAGAACCGUCUCAAGAUGAUCUCAUACCGAAUGAUGAGGAAACGUCCGACGCAUGAUGUGGGCCUGAAGCAAAUCACGCCGCACGUCUUCGAAAAGGAUGAUGCGCAAAACCGGCAGAAGCUGAAGGAGUUCCUCCACUAUGACCGUGACAGCAAAACCUGGGUCAUGCCCGAAGGCCAGACUCUUAUGGAUGAGUCUGGUAUACGAGCCAUGAUUAAACCCGAGGACGUCUGCUUGAUUGAGGCGAUGCAAAUUGGUGUUGCCCAGUUGCACAAUGCGGGCUUGGACCCCAAAGACUCGAAGGUUGCGGCCGCCCAACUCGACGAAGAGGAGCCAAGUACCGAAGAAACUUUGAUCGCCAAAAUGGCUCCGUGGGAGAUGACCAAAAACUUCAUUGACGCUAGCGCAGGCAAAGCAAUGGUGGCGCUCCACGGCGAAGGUGAUCCCACUGGCCACGGUUUGGGAUUCAGCUUCAUCAGGACAUCGAUGAAAGGUGGUUAUAUCAACUCGGUUCAGGGGCCCCUCGCCACCAGUGCGGACGCCAUGGAACGUGAGCGGAAGGCCAAUGGCGGCCAUUCAUAUAACGUCAAGAAACAAUCAGACAUGUAUUUCGCUGCCAUUCAUGACAUUUGGGGACGUCAACAGGCGACACUUUCCGACACGACUACCCACGAGGACUCGGAUGUGUUAGACACGGCCAACGAGGACGACAGGUUCAACCCUCGCAAGCAGACCAGUUUCACUCCUGCUGCCCCGAUGGACGAUGGAAGAAGCCAGCUUAGUCGGUUGAGUACAGGCAGCCGACUAGGGAGGCGAAAGCUCAAGAUCACUCGCAAAGUCAAAGGUGACGAUGGACAAAUCGAGACCAAGACGCUAGUCAUUGAGGAUCCCUUGGUCAUCCGCAGCUACAUGAAGCAGCGUAAGGAUAUUGAAGAGGCCGCAGUUAAGUAAGUAUCGAAAUUCUGUGCUGGUGAUACGGCUGUUUUGUGAUUGGCUUAUCGGGACUGUCACUACUCUUCCCCAAAUGCUCGGCUCUACGGCCCGCCAUUGUUUUCAUUCAUCAUCUGAACCAACUACCUACCCUGUGAAAUCGUUCGACUUGAGUGCAACGUGACUAACUCCAUGGUCUUUUCUAGUGUCUACUCGCUCAAGCCAUCAG